AUGAAUACUAUGGACGUGGACUACUCACUGGGACCAUUCGCCUUUAGUGUUCAAUACUGUCGAGAUUAUUCAAAUGCAACUGGCAAGGAGGUCGAAGAUGCAUACAACAAAUAUAAAGACUUAUACAUUCAAUACCAUCAGGACAACCCCGGAACAACUACAAACUAUGGAAAGAAGUCUGAUGCGCUGCCAUAUACACCAAGAUUAGGGGGCCUCGGUGGUACUAAUUACAACUCCAAACAGAUUGAAGGAGGACGUGUUAACGCUUAUGAGGGUAUCGAUAUCAAUAAUCCUGAUAUCUGUUCUCGUGAAGAGACGCUUCGGAGGCUGGUUGAAACUCUACAUAACGAAGGUGUUUUGAUUGUGCGAUCGCCGCCCAUGGCUGGCAAGACUUCGCUGGCCCAAUUGUUAGAACAAUAUCUUCUUCGAGACAAUACUAUACGUGUUUUUCGUAUUUCACUUUUAUGGUUGAGAAGAAUCUCUGGUGGACCUUGGACAUUUGAAGAACGAUUUAAGGAACUUAUGAAUGGCACUACUUGGGAUCAAUUUGUGGAUGAGUGCAGGUUCAUUACAACAUUCCUCAUUGUCGAUGAGGUGCAGGUACUUUAUUCCAAAGGAGUUGGCGAGCCUUCACAUAAUGGUGGUCAUGUCUUUUGGAAUGUAUUCAAGGACUGCAAGCAGUAUGCUAACCUCUGCAUAGUUGCCUUCGCUGUGUACGGUUACCGAGAUGCCUGGGAUGGCCCGGCUCCCGGUGGCAUAAUGGACGUGUCUCCAAUUACCAUCCACCCUCGAAAUACCUGGAGUUUGGAAGAGGUGCGCUUCACUGAUGAAGAAUAUCACGACUACGUCUCACGCUUCUGCGAGAAGUAUCUUAACAUGAAUGAUGAUGAUACUUCAUGUCUUCAGCAAUACGUGUACAAUACGACAGAGCGCCAUCCAGGACUAGUCGCAUUCUUCAUGGGUAGUAUUAGAAAUCAUUUCACCCAACAACUGAGAUACACAAGAGAGGGAGAGAAACUGACAUGGGGCAACGUUUUCAAGUAUUUGAAGUCAUAUAAUUUCUGGACUACAGUAAUGGAUGGUGCUCGUGCAUACACAAAACUCAAGUAUCUAAGUGAUGAUGAGAAAUUGCUUUGUGAUAAUGUGUUUCGAUCUUCCGUUCAUAUCAGGGACGUAACAAGUGAAUCAAAGCGUUUGAUCAAAACAAACAUGCUUGUCGAAAAAAAUGAAAGACUCGAGUUUGCUGCACCUUACUUGUAUAUACUUUACAUGCAGGAGCGCUGGGGAUCUACCAACAGGGCGAUGGAAGCUCCCGAUGAUUUAAAAAGCUUUCUAAUUGAUACCUUCACUGUUAUGGACCCCAAGACAAUACAGAAAUCAUUUGGUGUCGGCAAAGACAACCGGCUUCUAGAACGCACUUGGCAGAUGGAAUUCUACCGGGCUGCCACUCAAGUCCUCCCUAAUACUGUCUAUAUUUCUCCUGACGUUGGAGCGGAUUUCGGUUCGCGCGGAUUUGUAGACUUCUAUGUGGAUGACGACCGAAACUGGGUGAUCGAGUUACUAAGAGAUGGGGAAAGGGCGAAAGAGCAUGAGAAGCGUUUCGAAGUAGAUGGUAUUUAUGCUAAAAUCCUGGAGAGUUCCAAGGAAUCAGUAAUAAUUGAUAUUCGAAAUCCUGACCUUUGCGACAGUCCUCCAGCGAAGAGUGAUGUACAUUUAUUCGGUAUUCAAGAUGAAGCAGUACGCGAACAAAUUAAUUACGUUCUUGAUGAAGACGAAAUUAUAGGGAAAGGUCCUAAUGGUACAUUGAGCAUGGUAUUCGAUGGAAUUAAGAGAUUGAAUAAAGGCGAAAAGCAUUUGAAGAUUACUUGCGAUAAUGCAGGAGGACAGAACAAAAAUAACGCUACCAUUUGA